GCAAGGACGUCCCAAGGAUCCCGGAUAGCACGGACCAGGUCGUGACAGUCUUAACCCGGAAAUAUUUUGGAUACGUUUUCGCUAACGAGCGAAUUCUGAACUUGUCCGUACAUAUUCAUCGAGGACCAAUGACAGUCUUUGUGUUUCUGAAAUUAAACCAGAAGCCCCCCCCCAAAAAGAAGUAGAUUGACUAAAAUUACACGAAUCUAAUCAGGCACCUGAUUCCGCUGCUGGGGACGUUUUGCAGCAGUUCAAAUAGAUGGAGGGAAGAAGCCUUGAGAAUCAUUUCAAUCCGUCUGAGAUUAAAUGUUUGGAGAUCAUCCCAACGCUGCCAAUGUGGAUCAUUGAAUAUGCCUGGGCUCACAGAAUGAUGGACACAUUGGAUGCUCUGGACCCCAGCAGAUGGCCAGAGGAUGACCUACAAUCUGUCACCCUAGAUGAGCCAUGGAGGUUACGGGUGGCAGCAGCCCAGGCGUAUUCUAUAAUGAAGACAAGAGACAUCAAGAGCUUUGAGAGGGUGAUGGAGUUCAUGGAUGUCACUUAUACACUGCUGCCACGACUGGUGCCCCCUAUCAAACACAUGAAAAUCAUGUUUGGCCUCAAGACCAAGAUAAUUAUGUGGAAGCUUCGGGAAGACCAAGGUAUUGUCAACACUGUUUUGAAGAUCAUUAAGUUUUUUCCAAGUAGACUACCUCAGUACCAUGAAUGUAGCCGACAAGAGAUGCACCUAAUGAGGAAGAACCACCAGGACUUUAAGGCUUUGGCCCAGACUCUUGCAAUGGACAUGUCCAUGCGCAACUCUUAUAUCAAGGAUUUGAUGGAGGACCAAUAUGGAGAAUGCUAUGCCCAGAAACUGGAGGACAGGUUGCUGCAUUACCUUCAGGUACUGGAGUCGACGCUGCAGAGCGAUACCUAUUUUGACCAGCUGUUGAAGCAGGAGGGUCCAAUGGCAUACGAAGAGGAGUUACUAUUGCCGUUAAUUACCUGUGACUCCACCUCCCUUGCUGCGUCCUUGAAGAGGCUAUUCCACUCUGACAAGUCUUCUUCAAGAUGCCAUCCCAGCCACGGAGCCCAUAAGGUAUCAGCACAGGAGAGGGGAAUAGGCCGGGAGCUGGAGGGUCCUGUGACCUCGAAAGUUGUGCUAAGGUUGCCCAAGGAGAGAACACACAAAGACGGGCAGUCACAGCUUGACAGGACAAGUCUCUACGCAUUCCAGGGUAUCUGUCAAGAUAACCGAGAGGAGAGAUCCAACUCAUUGGGGUUGGGUCCACACCAUGCUUGUGCAGCUGAGCAAAGUUUAGAGCCACAGGCCCUUACCGUGGAGCUGGGGGUGGAUCUGUCCAAAGACAGUCCACUCCUCCUGGAGGAGGAAGUCUCUGAUGGGGAGGAGGGGAGCCGAGGCAGGACGGAGGUGGAGGACAGGCAGAACAAUGAGGUGCCUGAGGCCUCCCCACUGCAGCUGUGCUCUAAACACCAGAAAUGGGUGAGGAGCAUUCUGCAGGAGUGCUCUGAAGAACUGCUGUGUGAAAAGAGUGAUACCCCAGUGCACUGUCAGGGGUCCUCUUUCACCUCAUCACAAGACUUGACCCCAUCCCUCCUCACCCUUUGUCAACCCCAACAUCUAACUCUGGCCACACAGAGCCCUUCCCCUCCUCAAACAGUGGCUGUAUCACAACCUACGGACCUCGAUGACAGAGCCCAUUCUGAACAGGCUGGAGAACCAGCAGACAGCCCAGAGGCCAGUAGAACACAUAAGGUCAAGCUGAGACUGUCUAUGGAGAGUCAGGCUCUUCUGCUUAUAUCAAAGUUUCUACAGCCAUUUGUGCGGCUCCGAAAACUGACCCAGCAGGAGUGUAGCAUGGCUGCAGAGCUAAGAGGGACCAAGACCACUGAGGAGGAAGACCGUGAUGAUGGUGAAGAGGAUGAUGAAGAACAAGUGGAAAAAACUCCAGUGUAUUCUUAUGAUUUAAACACGCUCUAUUCUAGUUUUGAGUCAAGCUCUGAUGAAGGUCCCGAAACACAAGAUUCAGAUCCUGACUAUGUUCCUGGAUAUGGAAAGAGGAUGUACAACCAAAGUGUGUGAUGGAGGAAGAAGCAUGAUCCCGGGGUUGACAAUGAGGUAUGGGAUUAGAUUAAGGUAUCAGGGUGGUGUCCACCAUUUGCCGCGGUGAAAUGUAUAGCUGAGGUUAAACAAACUGCUACAUAAUUAUUCAGCAUCAGAAUUCUGGUUAAAUUUCAGUAAAACAGUAUUCAAUAUGCCCAGUUCAACCAGGUGUAAUGUUGGUAUAAUAACCUUUUACAUACCAUAAUACACAGCACCAGUUUCUUACUGACCUAGGUUCUUGGUCUGUGACAAUACCAGUAUCUCUAUUUUUUUCCAUGGCAAAAAUGAAAAUAUGUGGCACACCAAACUCUGUAAAAUAUUGUGUGCUAUAGCUUGGACAAUAAACAUGACUGGAUGACA